AUGACUUGGGGGAAGAAGGACGGCGGCGAUUCGUCGGCGUCGCCCGGCUCCUCGCCGUGCCAUGACGACGAGCGGCACAAGGUCCCCAGAGGGCACGUCCCCAUGGUCACCGGUUGCGGCAAGCGCGUGGUGGUGCCGGUGAGGCUGCUCCGGGACCCAUGCGUCGCGGAGCUGCUUGACAUGGCGGCGCAGCAGUACGGCUACGGCCAGCCGGGCGUGUUGCGGAUCCCAUGCGAUGCCGGACACUUCCGCAGGGUCGUCGACGGCGCGCUGCACAGAGCCGACUAG